AUGGUGCGUUGGCAGGGCAGGGCGCUGGCGCGGGCAGCAGCGCGCACAGGCAGGGCGGCGCUGGGCAGCGAGUGCAGGCCCGCGGCGGGCGCAAAACGCAGGCACGGCGGGCGCAAGGGGCGGGCCCGCGGCGGGCGUAGCGGACAGGUGCGGGAGGGGCGAACGGGCGGGCCCGUGACGGGCCUAACGGGGCCAGCGCCGUCAGCGGCUCGCCUCUGGCGCGCUGAUGAGCGGCCCUCCUUCUCGCGCUCCAUGUUCUUGCGCUUCAUCAUCAGCAUCCUCUCCUGCCGCUCCUGCUCGAAGGAAUACGGGGAAGCAGACAAGUGGCACGUGAGAGGUGAGAGGUGUGAGAUUCCCGUAGACCAGUGGACCACCGCACUGAUACGUGCACGUGGUUAG